GCUCGGAGGAGCUGAUGACGGAGGGAGCGCACCGUCUUCACCAGGAGCGCAGCAGAACACACACACACACACACACACACACACACACACACACACACACACUGCACCUCCGAGCUGUGGGAUGAGAGCAGUCCGUGCAGCUGGGAUGAGCACUUAACUUGGGAACUUUUAUUUUCUUCCUCUGCUGGUACUAUUCUGUGUGCAUUCCGGAGAGCUGUUGGGACGAGCGCGUUUUUCUCUCCAGGAGCGCGCAGUGUGGCGCACGCUGGACAACAAAAAAGCAGCUCGGUGCAGCGAGUGCAGCGCAGGCAGGUUUCCGUUUUAAAAGCAGCAGGAGAGGCAGAGGAGUUACGGAGUCCGUGUGGGGGAAGCGAGGCAGGAAAUCACGGAGACCUCUCUGUUAACAAAACGAGGAAUAUUGAAGGAAAUCAGAAAGCAGAAGUUGGAUAUGGCGGCGCUGAAGACGGUCGACCUCCUCGUUGGAGUUGUUUUAGUUUUGCACUGUGUGGCAAAUGCACGAGCCGAGAUAUCAUCCAGUAACGGGGUUUCUUACUCAUACGUGCAGGGGCAGGCAGGAGAGGAAGACGCAGCGGUGGAUGUGAAGCUGUACAGUCACAGGUGGAGGAGAUGGCUCCCGCCUAAACCUCGUAGCAUGGACAGCAACAGGGCCAGUCAGGAGCAGGACCAGGAGCCGGAGCAGGUGGAGCCCGAGGGAUUCCCCGGGCUGCUGUCAGCCGAGGACACGGACAACAGCUCGCAGAUAGAGGAGGACACAGACCACGACUACUACACGUCAAAAACAUACGGGCCGUCUGAUCCAAUGAGCAGAGACUUGUGGGUCGAUACGGACCGGAUGGACAAGGAAAAAGUGAAGAUCCACGGGAUUCUGUCCAACACACACAGACAGGCAGCGAGAGUUAACCUGUCCUUCGACUUCCCUUUUUAUGGACAUUUCCUGAGUGAGAUCACUGUGGCGACUGGUGGGUUCAUCUACACGGGGGACGUGGUCCACCGGAUGCUAACGGCUACACAGUACAUCGCUCCUCUGAUGGCGAACUUUGACCCCAGUGUCUCCAGAAACUCUACAGUCAUCUACUUUGACAACGGUACAGCUCUGGUGGUGCAGUGGGACCACGUCCACCUGCAGGACAACUACAACCUGGGGAGCUUCACCUUCCAGGCCACGCUGCACAACACCGGCAGGAUUGUUUUUGCAUACAAAGAGAUCCCCAUCGAGGUGUCUGAGAUCAGCUCUGUCAAUCACCCGGUGAAGGUGGGCCUGUCGGAUGCCUUUGUGGUGGUCCACAAGAUCCAGCAGAUACCCAAUGUGAGGCGGCGGACGAUCUACGAGUACCACCGCGUGGAGCUGACCAAGAUGAGGAUCACCAAUUCUACAGCUGUGGAAAUAUUUCCUUUAGCCACUUGUCUCCAGUUCACCAGCUGCAGCACCUGCAUCUACUCACAGAUCAACUUCAACUGUAGCUGGUGCCAUCGGCUCAACAGAUGUUCCAGUGGUUUUGACCGACUACGGCAGGACUGGGUGGACAACAGCUGCCCAGACGAGACCAAGGACAAGUUGUGUGACAUCAUUGACACGACGCAUCUCUACCCCUUCACCACCGCGAUUGUCGCCAAAACAACACCGAGGAGCAAAGAAGCCACAGUGGACAAGGACUCGCCCUCCACCUCCCACCCUCCCACCAGCGUCCCCACUGAAGAUGAUACCAAGAUCGCCCUGCAUCUCAGAGACAACCAAGUGAUGCCUGCAGACAGCGCUGCAGACAGGAUGCCAGGGUCACACCCUCUGCACAUCGGUCUGAUCCUCGGCAUCCUCCUGGUGGUACUCAUCAUGAUUGUCGGCGUGCUGGUCACCGUGUACAUCUACCAUCACCCGACCUCGGCCCCCAGCCUCUUCCUCAUCGAGAGACGCCCAAGCAGGUGGCCGGCCAUGAAGUUUCGCCGGGGCUCGGGCCACCCGGCCUACGCGGAGGUGGAGCCGGUGGGUCAGGAGAAGGAGGGCUUCAUUGAGUCUGAGCAGUGCUGAGUGAAGAGGGGGCGUCUGCAUCCCUCGUAGCCCCCCCCCCACCCACCCCACCCGCCCCUUUCAGUGUCGGCUCUCUUUCCUCCCGGACGUCACAAGAGAAGACCUCCAGGAUCUGCUUUUUGGUGGAGGACGCUCAGUGUACACAAAACAGACUAAAAGACACGAUUGAGGACCUGAGGCAGCGACAUGAGCCUGAUCCCAGACACGCCCACUGUUGAGCGACAGGGAACAGAGGGAGGGGCAACACUGACGUCAUGGACUCAGGCGGCGUUGGCUCCAAUCGCGUUGCCAUGGAGGGAUUGUACAGCCUGACUGCCUUGACUGGAUUGUGGUGUGUCUGAGGUGGUGGAUUAUACCAUAUAUAUUUUAAGAAACAAUGCAGAGUAUGUGAACAGAGAUUUCCACUUUUACUGUUGGUGGGGUUAAACUGUAUAGGCCUUUGUGUAUCCAUCAGGUUUCCACUUCUUUUGCUUUCACUUCUCGUUGUUGUUUUUCACAGAGGUCGGCACAUCUAAUCCGUACAGACCAUCGGUAUUGCUUUUUCAAUGCCAUCGCGGGCUUAAUUGACUUUUCCACUGCCGGCUCUGCACACACAGUUUUGCAGAAGUGUGAUAUGCCGCCAGCUGAGCUCCAAUCACAGCAAUCGAUAGCAGCUUGGUGAGAAAAAAAGCUUAGCACACUCAGUACGUGUGUGACGUUUGACUGGUUUCUUUUUCUGAAAAAGAAAAGUGUAAGAUGUUUAUUGUUUUGUUUUCAGGGGAAGCCUCGAGCAGACAUACAUCCUUACAUUUUUAUUUACUCCAUUUCUCCAUGAUAGCAAGUCAUGUCCAGGAGACCUCAACUUAUUUAUUGACAAAACUUUAUUAAUUUGGGCAAUGGCAACAUGGCAUGUUGUGGUCUGGCCUAUCACAUACUGUAGGGUUUUCACACCAGGAGGUAUGUGUGAGACCAAACAGACUCAGACUUCCCCCGCAGUUUCUCUUGCCAGACUUCUAGUAUUUUUUCCACAGCAAGUCCGAGUGAGCUGAUGUGAGAACACAACAGGAUAUUAUCAGGAGAAUUCCCCUCCAGCAGGUGGGAGGGGCUGGUGAUGGUUUAUAUCCUGUGAUUAGAGUCAAUACAUUGUGUGUGUUCACGAUGAUUAAACGGCUGAAAUGAUCCAGAUACUUUCAGGAGUGCAGAUGUGAAAACAGCCUUUGUUUGGAUCGGCAGAAAAUUGUCUCAUUAUCAAGAGAAGUAAAACUUUGAUAUCUCGAGAGAAUAAUUUAAAAGUAUCUAUUAUAAAGGAAAAACCAGCUUUGUCUUCCCGAAAUGUCAAGAUAAACAAGUUGAGAACUCGAGCAAACAAACAGGAAGGUGGAGUAAUCAAAACGUUUGGAUGCAUGUCCGCUUAAGGCCUCCAUAAUGUUUUUUAACGGGUGAUGGGCACUCUGCUCUUUUUGACUGGUUCAUUGUUUGAUUCUUUGAAUCAUUGAAAACAUUUUGUUAUUUUAAUCCUUUUUUUUUUUUUACUGAAGCAGUUUUUUUUUCAUGACUGCCGUUUCAUUUUGUCCUUGAUUAGAAUUUGCACAUUUUUAUUUUCCAAGCACAUUUGAUUCUCUCAUGUGGUACUAAUGCAAAACCACAAGACAGGCGCUUGUGAGUGUGUGUGCUGAAUAUAUUUUCUUAAGUGUAAGUGAUGUGAGUGUGUGUCUGUGUGUGUGUGUGUGUGUGUGUGUGUGUCUGUGUGUGUGUGUGUGUGUGUGUG